UUGGAUUGUUCUUGCCACCCUUAGUGGUUUUGUACAAAUGAUGAAGGAAAUCAAUCAAACCCAAGUGUCGGAGUUCAUCCUUCAGGGGUUGUCAGAUGUCCCAUACCUCCAGUUGCCAUUGUUUCUGGUGUUUUUCCUCAUCUAUCUAGCAUCGUUGGUUGGAAAUUUCCUGAUUUUCCUUCUGAUCUGGCAUGAUCCUCACCUCCACACUCCCAUGUACAUAUUUCUGUGUAACCUGGCUGGGCUGGAUAUUCUAUAUUCCUCUGUUACCUCUCCAAGAAUUCUCUCAGAUAUCUUUUCUAAAGUCAAGACAAUAACUGCUUCUUCAUGUAUCACUCAGUUCUUUUUCUUUUUUUCCUUCAUAUGCAUUGAACUGUAUUUGCUGGCUGUGAUGUCCUAUGAUAGAUACAUUGCAAUCUGUCAUCCUUUACAUUAUAUCCAGAUAAUGCACCCCAAGAUUUGUGCUCAAAUGGUGUCUGCAGCUUGGGUCAUUGGGUUCCUCACCUCAUUAAUACAUACCCUCUGUAUUCUGAGACUGAAUUUCUGUGGCCCCAAUGUCAUCAACAGCUUCUUCUGUGACCUCCCUCAGUUGUUUCUUUUGUCUUGUACUGAUACUUUCAUUAAUGUUUUUGUCAUGUUCCUUGUUGGUAUCAUAAUGGGUUCUGGUGCUCUUGGUAUGACCUUUGUACCAUAUAUUCGUAUACUUCGCACCAUCAUGGGGAUUGACUCCCGGCAAGGAAAGCUGAAGGCCUUUUCCACAUGUACUUCCCACCUAACAGUAGUUUUCAUCUUCUACGGGACACUCAUCUUUACCUACCUCCGUCCUAACCCCACCUCCACUGCUUCAGAAGAUCGUCUUGUGUCCAUUGUCUACACCGUGGUUACACCACUCCUAAAUCCCUUGAUCUACAGCCUACGGAACAAAGAUCUCAAAGCAGCACUUAGAAGAAUUUUGUACAGUCUAGGCUUGAAAAAAGUUGACACAGAAUAACAAAGUUAGUUGUUAAAUAGAUGAGCAGUAUUCAUUUACCCUAUGUCCUAACCCCACCUCCAA